GAAUAGGGUAGGCGAUACACACAAUACACGAAAACAAAAAAUUAAAAACAAAUUAAUUGUCAUCAUCUCUUAUCAAAUUCAUAAACUCUAAUACCGAGAAUGCAUCGAAAAAUUAGUAUCAGUGACUCUUGAGAAUUCCUGAGAAACAAUUCUAGUUUGCUGUUAUCUCCGGACUUUACGCGAAAACAUCGAUUUUCUUAUUUGUUGACAUUUUUACGAGAGUUCUAUGCUAAUGAAACAUGUUUUGACUCUCAUUAGCGAAUGUAUUGUCGUCGUGUACAUUGUAACACAAAUAUUGUAAAACAUUUACGCAAAAUCAGCGAAAAAGCCGUCGUUUAUUUUGGAAGUUAACAAAAAAUCAUCAGUCAGUCGUCGACGAGAAACGCGUGUAGAUAAAAAAAAAUUAGAAAAGUUAGAAUGAAUACCGUCAACAUCGAAGACAGUGGCAAAACAGAUGGAGCAAAUGUGUUCGAGUUCAAGGAUUUGGAUAACGAUGUGCAAGAGCUCAUAAAUGCAGCGGUGGAAGCACGAAAAAAAGCCUAUGUCCCGUAUUCCGGAUUUGCCGUGGGAGCGGCUUUACGUACGAAAUCCGGUGAAAUUGUGACGGGAUGUAAUAUCGAAAAUGCUGCUUAUAGUCCCUCAAUCUGUGCGGAACGAUGUGCCAUCGCCAAGGCCGUCAGUGAAGGUCAUCGGGAAUUUACGGCUUGCGCAGUGGUGGCGUUCCAAGAAAAGUAUUUUACAGCUCCUUGCGGGGUCUGUCGACAGAGUUUAAUCGAGUUUGCGGAAAAGGAUAUUCCCGUUUAUUUUGCCAAACCAUCGCCAGUUCGGGUGUUGAUCACGUCUUUGUUUACUUUGCUUCCCGGGGCUUUUGUCCCGAAGAAUUUUACACCGCAACCCGCUACUCAAAAUGGGAAUGGCACGAAUUUGAACUUCCGUUGAAGCCUUUCAAUGAAAUUUUUCAGUUGUAAAGAAAAGUAGUUCAAUUUUUAAGCUUUAUUUUUUUUUGUUCCACAUUACAAACUAGAUUUAUACGAAAAUUCGUAGGUUUAUUACCAAGAAGUAGCAAGAGUAGUAAAUAUUUAUAUUUUUUUGUUAAUUAAAAAAAAGUGUUGUGUAAAUAAAUCUAAAUAAAUGAAAAUUUUACCAGAACGGACACCACCCGAUGUAACAUUGGCAUAAAUUUUCAUUGUUUGUCGCUUGUUGGAUCAACAAGUCAACUUGUCGA